GCGACGUGGUUAACACGUGGGUAGUAGCGACGUGUUUCCCACGUCGCAACAAACUUUUAUUAUAAAAAAAUCAAUCCAACGUUAUAAUCAGACUUGGCAGAGGUUUGCUUUUUUUUAAAAAAAGUUGCGAGAUGCGAACCACGUCGCUACCAAAAAGUAAAAAAAUUCAAACCCCAAAGUUGCAUCUGGAGGGAGAUUUGAAUUCAAACGCCAAAGUAAAAAAUGUUGCGAGAUGCGAACCACGUCGCAACCUUUUACUUGGAAAAAUAAAUCUGCAUGAGUCAGAGUCUGUACUUAUUAUUGAGACCGUUGAAUUUAAUAUUGUUACCGUUUGAGCGUAGCGACGUGUGUCACACGUGGCUAGUAGCGACGUUGGGACCACCUCGCGAAUUGACUUAUAUAUUUAAUGAGAAAAUUAACUCAGUGUUGCGUUUCGUUGAUAGCAGAUUCAUUCUUCCUCUCUUCCUCUCUUCACCCAUUUUUGCUUCUCUCUUUUCUCUUCCCCCACCCCUGCUUUGUUCUCUUCCCCCACACUCACUCCAUUGUUGUUGUCUCAAUACUCUCUCAACAGAAUUGUAGAUUGAAGAAUUGAAGAUUGUAGAUUGGUACUAGAAGAUUGAAGGAGAUUUGAAGAAGAGGUAACAUGCCACCUAAGAGUAAAGAUAGUGGUAGGAAGUCCCAACGUCCGAGGAUAGUAGUAUGUGACGCGCCUCACACACCCGCGUGUCCCCGCCCUCAGAGUCAUGUUGAUCCUAUGUCUUUAGCCAGUACUCAGGCUUUUACCCCAUUACUCUCCUCCCACACAUUCCCGUCUGGGGUACCGCCAUCCUUCCAGUACUCAGCGGUACCGCCAUCCUUCCAGCAUCCUGGUGUGCCCUCGUCCUUCCAGCAGGUGGGAGGACCUAGCUUUCCAUUCACACAUACUGGUGUGCCCCCGCCCAGCUUUCCAUUCGCCCAUACUGGCAUGCCUUCAUCCUUCCAGCAUACUGGAGGAUCUGGUUUCUCAUAUCCCAUGCAGAUGACUUCCUCCUUUCAGCAUACGGGAGGAUCCAGCAGUACACCUCCGACACAGGCUGGACGAUCUCCUAGUCCACGCCCCACACAGGCUGGACGAUCUCCCCGUCCACGUCCGACACAGGCUGGACGAUCUCCUAGUCCACGCCCCACACAGGUUGGAGGCUCACGCACCCCACAUCCCACACAUGUACCAGCCCGUGAGGUUGAUGAGGCAGUUGAUGAGAUAGACGGAGCUGAUCUUCGUGGGAGGGAUGAUCCCGAUGAGAUUCAUGUCGUUGACGGCAGAUUUUGGAUUGUUCCCGAAGGAAGCAAGUAA